AUGAAGGUCUUUACGCAUGUGAGCGAGGAGACCGAGAUGACGACGAAGCGACGUAAGCGGCAUACGCCGGAGCAGAUUGUUCGUAAGUUGCGAGACGCGGACGCGAUGCUCAAUGCUGGGAAGGACCAGGCUGCUGUAUUGCAGGCCCUGGAAGUGAGCGAAGCCACGUAUCUGCGUUGGCGAAACCAGUACGGUGGGAUGAAGGCCGAGGAGGCGAAGCGGCUGAAGCAACUGGAAGACGAGAACAGGCGGCUGAAGGAGUUAGUGGCCGAGAAAGAACUCGACAUCAAGAUGCUGAAGCAUAUCGCGGUGUUCGCAGUUUCCGAGCGAAGGGCGUGUCAGGUGACUGAUCAGCCACGCAGCUCUCAGCGUUACCAGCCGCAGUCUCGUGAUGACGAAGCGGCUUUGGUGAAGCGGAUGCGUGAACUGGCCGCCGCUCGACCGCGUUUCGGUUAUCGUCGGAUUGCCGUGCUAUUGCGUCGCGAAGACUGGGAGGCCAGCAACACGCGGGUGCUGCGGCUAUGGCGUCGCGAAGGGCUGAAAGUGCCACAGAAACGCCGUAAGAAACGCUACUUGGGCGACAGCAGCCAAGCCUGUCACAUUCAGCGAGCCGAACAUAAAGACCACGUGUGGUGUUGGGACUUUGUGUUCGAUCGCACGGAGGCCGGCAGCCCGUUGAAGUGGCUAUCGAUCGUCGACGAGUACACGCGGGAGUGUUUGGCUUUGAAAGUCGACCGCAGCAUCACCAGCGAAGAUGUGAUCGACUCGUUGGCCGAGCUGUUCGCGAUGCGGGGCGUGCCCGGUGCGAUUCGCUCGGACAACGGCCCGGAGUUUGUAGCUGGUGCAAUCCGGCGAUGGCUAAAGCAAGUCGAUGUCGAAACGCACUACGUCGCGCCGGGCAGUCCAUGGGAGAAUGGUUACGCGGAGAGCUUUCACAGUCGGCUUCGCGAUGAGUUCUUGGAGAUGGAAAUGUUCGAGAGUUUGGCCGCGGCACGGAAGCUGACCACGGCCUGGAGAAAGGAUUACAACGACGUGAGGCCGCACAGUUCGCUGGGGUAUGCCACCCCGUCCGAAUUCGCGACCCGCUGUGCUGCUUCCGUUCCGAAGUCGAUUUCGGCUACGCUGGUCAACUUCGCUUCCCACAUCGACAUUGAGUGCAACGAGUGGCCCGGACACCUGGAAAGAGAGAUCGACUUCGUCUUUCGCUGCCGCCCGACCAGGGAAUUCUUGGCCUUGAAUCGCUUUCAGGUCUCCCACUUUAAUGGCGCGAACCGGCCGGAUCGAUUCAGAUUCUGA